AUGAUCUCUGUACGACUCCAUGUGACGUCUCUUGUCGAUGCACCUCCCUAUACCGCCGUUUCGUACGUGUGGGGAGAACCAUCGCCCACAAAACAGAUUCUGCUCAAUGGACAGCCCUUUACUGUGCGCCAAAAUCUCUGGGAUCUUCUCAGUCGCCUGCAGGAGGUGAAAUACGACGAUUAUCUCUGGAUUGACGCUCUUUCCAUCGACCAAGCAAGCGACAGCGAGAAAACUCAUCAAGUCGCUAUCAUGGGGUCCAUAUACACUAGAGCAAAGAAGACGAUAGCUUGGCUUGGUACUGCGAGUAUGGAGGUUGAAGAGCAGGUUCACGCCUUGAAAACAGAACUCACAGUGCAGGAACUCCCGUACUUGCGACAGCGACCUGCUAACAAAGACGACCCUCACGUGGCGGGCCUCAGAUACAUAUUAGGCCAUCCAUACUGGACCCGUACGUGGAUAUUCCAAGAGUACUUGCUCUCAUCGUCCGUCGGGUUUUGGUGCGGCAAUGAGAUCUUGUCGGAUUUGGAGCUUAAGUCUAGAGCGGACAAGUUGUUGUCAGUCAAGGACCCCAUCGAGACAAAUGCGCAGGCAAAGGCCUUCUAUCUGAUUCAAAUCGGGAGCAGGUCCGGUGUCACAGAUUUUAGCUUAGAGUGGCUGAUGGAUGUAUCGUCCGAAAGCGCCUGUGUCGAUCCGCGCGAUCGCAUUUACGCGUUGCUCUCAUUGAUGUCGCCACAAGAACAGGAGCUUUGGGACAUCACACCAGACUACGCAGCGUCGAACCAAGACCUAUUUGAGCACUUGUGCAGUGUUUUUCAGUGCAGUGUUCUUCAGGACACUGAUGAAGAUGUUCAAAGAAAAGUGCGGAGACAGGAACAAUGGAAAGAGGAGCUACGCUAUAUACUGCUCCUGGACCCUGUCGACGAAGAUGGCCAAGACAAGACAUAUGUCUCUGUCGAAGAAGAUCGUCAAGACAAGACAUAUGUUUCUGACGUCGUCGAGACCCGCCCACGAGAUCAUAGAGCAUCGCGUUUAAGGGAGAAGUAG